CAUUUCAAAAAGUUCAAACACAACCUGUGUUCUUUCUGAAUCUUCUCCUCUUCAAAAUUCCCAAUUAUCCUCAUGAUUCAUCAUUUUUCACACAACAAACCCCAAACCCUUUCUUCUUCAAGGUUACAAUGAGAGAACAAAGCGUUGAUUCCUUCUACGCCAAGCUUCGUGAUUCUGCUUUAUCUUCUUCCUCUUCGCCGGUUCUCAUUUUCCCUUCAACCUCCGACGUUGAUUCUCUCUGCGCUCUCAAGAUCAUCUUCCAUAUUCUCGAAUCCGAUUCCAUUCAAUACGCCUGCUACCCUGUCUCCUCCUUCCACGAGAUCCAUAAGUAUGUAUCUUCUUCUGCCUUAGACGACGACCCUCUCUCCAUUGUUUUGGUCAAUUGGGGCAACCACCGGGACCUCCGCAAAAGCCUCAGUCUUGGCCCCAAUGUUCGCGUCUUUGUUGUCGACAGCCACAGGCCCAUCCAUCUCCGUAACCUCAGUGACCAAAACGACGCCGUUGUUGUCCUCUUCACCAAAUACGACGAGCAGCAGUCUGAUCUUGCCUAUGACUUCGACCUCACCACACUUGCCAACGCCACUGCGGCUGAUGGUGAUGAAUCUGAACCUGAAUCUGAAUCUGAAUCGGAGUCUGACGACGACGAAACCGGAUCUAGAAAGAGGAGAAAAAAGAACGAGGAUGACGAGGAGGAUCCGAUUACACUGUACCGGAAGAUGAAGAAGGACUACUACCGUUUGGGGACUUUCCAUGGGAAGCCGUCCGGGUGUUUGAUGUACGAGCUCGCGGAUUCUCUCAGGAAGAACACCAAUGAGUUGCUCUGGUUGGCCUGCGUUUCGCUCACGGAUCAGUUUGUGCAUGAGAGGUUGAGUGAUGAGAGGUACCUGGAUGGGGUUAUGGAGCUUGAGCAGCAUAUAAACAGUUCUGGGAAUUUGGAUGUGGUUACUUCGGUUACACUGAAGGAUGGGACGAAAAUUCGUGCCCCGAAUUCUUCGCGGAUUACUUAUGAGGACCAGCCAAGGCUUAUGCUGUUGCAGGAGUGGAGCUUGUUUGACUCCAUGAUGUGCUCUUCGUACAUUGCCACUAAGUUGAAGACGUGGAGUGAGAAUGGGGUGAAGAAGUUGAACCUUCUGUUUGGGAGGAUGGGGUUUGCUCUUACCGAUUGCCAUCAGAAGUUUCAGCACAUGAAUGUGGAGGUGAAGCGCAAGAUGAAGGAGGAGUUUGAGCGGUUUUUGCCUGAGUAUGGACUUACUGAUUUCUACUACAGGAGUUUCCAGAGGACUCUUAAGUAUAGUUCUAAGGUUUCUGCCGCGGAUGUAGUGUAUGGCGUGACUGCUUUGCUCGAGUCUUUCGUGAAAUCGGAUGGUUCUAGUGCUUCUAAGCAAUUUGGUGUGGCAUACGAUGCGCUUUCUUUGAACAAUAUUGACAGCUUGAGAACCGGGAUGCAACAUGCUAUUAAGAUUCAGAGGGCCAUUUUAAGGCAAGGGAGUGCUGCAAUUACUAAGAAUGGGUGCAUUAGGAGUGGGAGGAGUUUCCGGUGGUUGAAAUUGGAGGAUUCAAGUGAUGCUAAGUUGUUGGGGUACCCACAGGCAUUGACUAAGUUUUGUUAUUUUCUUAUGGAUGCUUUGAGGGAGAGGGGGGCGACAAUGAAACCUUUGCUUUGUGCUUGUGUAUCACAAGAGCCUGGGAAGGUGCUGAUUGUAGGGGUUUGUGGGAGGCCACGUUUGGCUGGGGCUCGUGGGAAUGCAUUUGGGAUUGCAUUUAGGACGGCUGCAGAGGAGAUUGGAACUGAGUUCUUCCAUGAGUUAUUUGAAUCAUCAUGGAUUGUUCUGGAUGCUUCAGCUGUGAAUUCUUUCAUGGUUAGGUUGAUUGAGAAGCUGUGAUGCUGCUGGAUUUCUUAUUAGAAUUAGUUCUUUGAGGAAGUGCCUUCUCUAACUGCUGUGCCUGGGACUGAGAUUAGCAAUAAGUGAUGUGCAGUGGUUGAUAUUGCACCAAGACAUGACUCUUUUUUUAGUUAAUUGUAUUGUGAUUUAUAGCAUAUUCAUUUGACUUUUCUUACCUGUUUCCCCAAAAAUGUUACCUUGACAUUUUCAUGUAACUACUGUUCUAUUCCAAACUAGAUGUACCAUUGCAAUAUUGAAUUGAAAGUACGAGAUCGGACGAAGUUUACAUA